CGCUCCUCCUUCCUCUUUCAACACUCUCCCACAUCGCUGUCUCUAUCAGCGAGACGCAGCUAUGGAGACCACCAGAGUGUAUGUGUCGGGACUUCCACCCACACUCUCUAAUCAGGACCUCGGAAAGCACUUUGCAAGUCGCUUUCAAGUCACUGAUGCACACGUUAUUCCCAGUCGCCGCAUUGGCUUUGUGGGUUUCAAAGAUGCGUCUCACGCAAAGAAGGCUGUAGAAUAUUUUCACAAAACUUAUUUGAGAAUGUCCAAGAUCUCUGUAGAGAUCGCUCGCUCCGCCUUAGAGAGCAAUCCGACAAAGAGCCAAGAUAGCUCGCACCAAGCCAAUUCACCUAGCACUAACAACCUCAAGCGCAAGCGCGAUGCAGAUGAACAUAAGGUUGAUGACAAGCUCGAAGAAUUUCUCACUGUCAUGCAACAUCCUUCCAAAACUCGGACAUGGGCAAAUGAUGAUGAUCUAAUUCAGCCCUCGGUGGCAGAUAAGGCAACUACCGAAGCAAACAAUACAGAAGAGCCUACAAAAAAUAAGACAGAGAAGUGUUUCAAGAAGCCAAGAGUCAAUGAAGUCGAUCCGUCUGGCUUUGAGACUCAGGAGCAGGCCUUAGCAACCGCCCCACAAGAGAAGGAGAAAAAUGACCCGGAUAAUAACGAUAGCCCCUCUACUAUGGAUGAAGGGGACGAUCAGCCAAAAUCUGACGCAGACUGGCUGCGGUCAAAGACUAGUCGUCUUUUGGGUCUUCUUGAUGAGGAAGAGCAGAUUGAACUCGGUCAUCCAAAUAUAACAUCAAGAGAUGAGAAUAGUCACGAGGCAGUAAAAGUCACUAUUAGACAGUCCCCCAAAGCACCUGAAGACGAGGAAUUAUUAGAGCAAAAAGAAACAACCGAAGAGAGAAACUACAAUGCUGAUGUCGAACUAAUUCGCAGCUCUGGCCGACUCUUUGUCCGUAAUUUGGCCUACGGUGCAACAGAAGCAGAUCUGGAGGCUAUAUUCUCCUCAUAUGGAAAAAUUGAAGAGAUACAUGUUGCAUUUGAUACCCGGACCACGUCCAGUAAAGGCUUUGCAUAUAUUCAGUAUAUAAACCCCUCGUCAGCAGUAAAUGCUUACAAUGAAUUGGAUGGAAAAGACUUCCAAGGGCGUUUGCUUCACAUUCUUCCAGCAUCUGCCAAGAAGUCGUAUAAAAUUGAUGAUUACGAGCUAUCCAAAUUACCGUUGAAGAAACAGAAACAGAUCAAGCGUAAGAUGGAAGCAUCAUCGACCACCUUUAAUUGGAACUCUUUGUAUAUGAACACGGAUGCUGUCAUGUCAUCUGUAGCAGACAGACUUGGAGUUUCAAAAGCGGACCUGCUUGAUCCAACAUCUUCUGAUGCUGCUGUUAAACAAGCGCAUGCAGAAACACACGUGAUUCAAGAGACUAAAGCUUACUUCAUAGAGAAUGGUGUCAACUUAGACUCGUUCCAACAGCGGGAACGAGGCAACACUGCGAUUCUAGUGAAAAACUUUUCAUACGGCGUAAAAUCACCAGAAUUAAGAAAGAUAUUUGAACCUUUUGGGCAUUUGACUCGUCUACUGAUUCCUCCGAGCGGAACAAUUGCUAUUGUCGAAUUCGCGAAACCGGAUGAGGCACAAAAAGCUUUCAAAGGGUUAGCAUAUCGCAAACUGGGGGAUUCAAUUCUUUUUCUCGAGCGAGCCCCGAGAAAUCUAUUCGAUUCGCCAGCUACUACAACAAUUAAUCCGGCUCCCGAUAUUAAAGCUAAAUCUCAAGGUUUCUCUGCUGCCGAUACUUUUGCUGCUGAGGAUAACGAGGUUCAAUUGCCAACAACGACCCUCUUUGUACGAAAUUUGAAUUUUGCUACAACAACCACACGUUUAUCAGAAGUUUUCCAACCUCUAGAAGGGUUCUUAUCGGCUAAGGUAAAGACCAAGUCAGAUCCGAAGCGCCCUGGCGAAACUCUCAGCAUGGGUUUUGGUUUUGUCGAAUUUCGCACUAAGGAGCAAGCUCAAGCUGCACUGGCGGCUAUGGAUGGCUACACCUUAGACCAACACGCGCUUGUUGUAAAAACAUCCCACAAGGGUGUGGACGCAGCAGAAAGUAGACGGCGCGAAGAGACAGCGAAGAAGAUUGCUGCAAGAAGGACAAAGAUUAUUAUCAAGAACUUGCCGUUCCAAGCUACUAAGAAAGACGUUAGGUCAUUAUUUGGCGCAUAUGGACAGCUUCGAUCUGUGCGAGUGCCGAAGAAAUUCGACAGAUCAGCACGUGGUUUUGCCUUUGCUGACUUUGUAAGCUCUCGGGAGGCAGAAAACGCCAUGGAUGCCCUGAAAAACACCCAUCUUUUAGGCCGAAAAUUGGUCUUGGAGUAUGCUUCAGCAGAAUCAGUCGACGCAGAAGAAGAGAUUCGCAAGAUAGAGAAGAAAACGGGACAGCAAUUAGAUCGAGAAAAGCUUCAAAACCUUACCGGAGUCGGAAGGAAGAAAUUUGUUGUAGGGGCAGAGGAGGAUGACAGUUAAAAUCCAUUUAGCACCUGUUGAUAGGGAGAAUCCAGGAACUUUGGCUCUAGUAUGCUGCUUUGUGUUGUAUCCCUUGCGGGGUGGACCUUGGUCUCUCUGCCUUAUGCUCCUUCGACACGUUCUCCUUCAUUAGGGUUGCUGCAGUAUGCAAUGUGCCCGCAGGAGACCUCGUGCAGUUUGCUGCAAGUGACAAUUAAACAAAGAUUUCAAAGAUUCAGGCACCGUCGGGAAUCUCCCUUAUCUACACCUUUUCGUCCUCGUUAAUAUGCCUUGAUCACGAACCUGGAUUAGAUCUCUAGAGGCACUGGGCCUACAUUCCAGCAAAUUUGCUCUUCAUUUCAAUAGCAUUCUUUGGCACCAAAACUGGUGCCAAUUGUUGGCUGGCUGACAUUCCUCGACUUCGAUCGCCACCAAUGUUAUUGCCAUUAUCACGGCAGCAUCUCGAGCUCUGUAUCCAUCAGAUGAUGUUUGGUGUCGCGAGAAAACUUCC